CCCAGGCUGCGCGCUCGGAGUUUCCGGGGGGGCAGGAGGACCGAACAGGACCUGAGCGCGGCGGGUCCUACGGCUGCGACCGAGGCGAUGGCCACGGCGGUCUGGGCGCUGCGGCUCUGGCGGGCCGCCCCCAGGGGCGAGGCUGGCUGGAGAUUUACAGCAACAUCGCCAGCCUCUCAGCGGGCACCAAAGGAACUGAUAGAAAUGCAGAAUGACCUCUUUAAUAAAGAAAAGAACAGGCAGUUAUCAUUAACUCCCCGGACAGAGAAGAUUGAAGUUAAACACGUGGGCAAAACUGACCCUGGCACUGUGUUUGUGAUGAAUAAAAACAUUUCAACCCCUUACAGCUGUGCCAUGCAUUUAAGUGAGUGGUACUGCAGGAAGUCCAUUCUGGCCCUUGUGGACGGACAGCCGUGGGACAUGUACAAACCUUUGACCAAGUCCUGUGAAAUUAAAUUUCUCACUUUCAAAGAUCAUGAUCCAGGGGAAGUUAAUAAGGCUUAUUGGCGUUCUUGUGCCAUGAUGAUGGGCUGUGUGAUAGAGAGGGCGUUCAAAGAUGAAUAUAUGGUCAGUUUGGUCAGAGCUCCAGCAGUUCCUGUAGUCGCUGGAGCCUUCUGCUAUGAUGUGGUUUUGGAUAAGAGACUUGAUGAGUGGAUGCCAUCAAAAGAGAACCUACGUUCCUUCACAAAAGAUGCUUGUGCUUUAAUUUAUAAAGAUCUUCCAUUUGAAACUCUGGAAGUUGAUGCAAAAGUGGCACUAGAAAUAUUUCAACACAACAAGUAUAAAAUAGAUUUCGUAGAAGAGAAGGCAUCUCAGAACCCUGAGAGAAUAGUCACGUUACACAGGUUUGGUGACUUCAUCGAUGUGAGUGAGGGCCCUCUUAUUCCAAGAACAAGUAUUUGUUCCCAGUAUCAAGUGUCAGCGGCUCACAAUCUUCAAGCCACCCAGACAGGUCUUAUACGAAGAUUCCAGGGUCUCUCUUUACCUGUUCACUUACGAGCACAUUUUACAGUAUGGCAUAAGCUAUUGGAAAGGUCUCGGAAAAUGCUUGCAGGCACACUGAGCAGCGUGCAUCACAGUGCUUUUCAAGCUUAUUUGUUUCUUCGUGACAGUUCUUCCAUCUGGACUUCAUUUCCCCUUCGCCUCCUGUUUACAUCCUAGUUAUCCUUCAAUACCUCGCCCAAGUCUCACUGUCUCCUAUGAAACAUUCUCAGAAGAAUCUGUUACCAAAUAUCCAUUUGUACUAUUUCUGCUUCUCAAACUGUUUCCUGAUUGUUUUUGCUAGAAUAUUACAUUCAAUCUGUUAACCCAUUUAGGGUUUGUUAUAUAUGUGUAACCCCAAAAUUUGAAUCUAACAUUUGACACACAGGGUGGGGGGGUUACCUAAUAAAUAUUUAUUGAUUAUUUUUUA